AUGGUCCGUGUUCUAAGCGAGUCAGAGUUUCAAAGCGAAGUCGUUCAGAGAUAUACUGACGUCAUUGGUGAAAAGCUUGGAGGGAAAGUGUUGGGAUGUUCUGACGAGUGGUUCGCAGCCGCAGAGAAUCUAAUUAAACCUAAAGCACCUAUCAGAGAUGCUACUAAAUUUACAUAUGCUGGUGCCUGGUAUGAUGGCUGGGAAACCAGAAGACACAACCCAGAGGAGGCUGACUGGGUGAUUAUAAAAAUGGGUGUUUCGUCGGCAGCUUUAAUCGGUUGCGAGAUCGAUACUGCAUUUUUCAAUGGUAAUCAUGCUCCUUUUAUUUCUGUCGAAGCCGCAACUCUGACAGACGACUCAAACAUCGACGGCAUUCAAUGGGACGAAGUCAUUGAGAAAGUGGAAUGCGGUCCCUCUCAAAGGCAUUUCUUCAAACGCAAGGAAAUCACGCCUAAAAAGUACACACAUGUGAGAUUGAGGAUGUAUCCUGAUGGAGGAAUUGCAAGAUUUAGACUUUACGGAACAGUCUAUCCUGUAAUACCACAAGAUAUCAAUAGCAUACUUGACACAGCCAGUGCAAAUAACGGAGGCGUGUGUGUUGCAUUUUCAGACCAGCAUUUCGGUUCUGCUGAUAACUUGCUCCUUCCAGGUCGUGGUCAUGAUAUGUCGGACGGUUGGGAAACCAAGAGAUCGCGGACUGCCGGUCAUACCGAUUGGGCGAUUAUUAAGCUUGGGUUCAAAACUAACGUUGCUAAACUGAUCGUUGAUACAGCUCAUUACAGAGGUAAUUUCCCUCAGUUCAUUACAAUUGAAGGCAUCAAUACUGAGGAUUACUCUCCAGCUGUGGACGACCCUAAAUGGACAUACCUUGUCGAAAAGACUAAGACGGGGCCGGACAGAGAACAUGAAUAUGAAUCUAAGUCAAGCCAGCCAGUCACACACGUGAAGCUAACCAUGAUCCCCGACGGUGGAGUCAAGAGACUCAGAGUCUUUGGUACACUGAAUGUAUAA